GCCUCUUCAUAUUCGCGAACCCUAUCUAUCUGGAGGCUACCUAAUCCCCUCCCCGGCACUCCCCGCCUGACAACCACGGCCAUGGCGUGCGCCAUCUCCGCCUCCACCGUGUCCACGGCCGCCGCGCUCGUCGCGUCCCCGAAGACAUCCGGGGCGCCGCAGUGCCUGUCGUUUCCCCGCGCUUUCGGAGGCGCUGCAGCCAGGCCCGCCCGCCUCGCCGCCGCCGGCUCGAGGACGGCCAGGGCCCGUAGCUUCGUCGCCCGCGCCGCAGCCGAGUACGACCUGCCGCUGGUGGGGAACAAAGCGCCGGACUUCGCGGCGGAGGCCGUGUUCGACCAGGAGUUCAUCAACGUCAAGCUAUCUGAUUACAUUGGGAAGAAGUAUGUGAUUCUUUUCUUCUACCCUCUGGACUUCACCUUCGUCUGCCCAACUGAGAUUACGGCUUUCAGCGACAGACAUGAGGAGUUCGAGAAGAUAAACACUGAAAUUCUUGGUGUUUCGGUUGACAGUGUGUUUUCCCAUCUUGCAUGGGUGCAGACAGAGAGGAAGUCUGGUGGACUUGGUGAUCUGAAAUAUCCGCUGGUUUCUGACGUCACCAAAUCGAUCUCAAAGUCUUUUGGUGUAUUGAUCCCUGAUCAGGGAAUUGCUCUGAGAGGAUUAUUCAUCAUUGACAAGGAGGGUGUGAUUCAACACUCCACUAUUAACAACCUUGGUAUUGGCCGUAGUGUGGAUGAGACCUUGAGAACCCUUCAGGCUCUGCAAUACGUCCAAGAAAACCCAGACGAGGUCUGCCCGGCAGGAUGGAAACCUGGGGAAAAGUCGAUGAAGCCUGACCCUAAGGGCAGCAAGGAGUACUUCGCUGCUAUCUAGACGGGACCUUUGCACUCAGCUGUGGAGUUUUGUCAUGGCCGUUUCUCGGUUACAUGUGUUUUUGUGACCCGAGUUGUAGUUAUCAUGCGUACAAUUGACUCUGUAAUUUCUACAAUAAGGGUUUGUCUGUGUGUGGAUUUUCCCUGCUUCAAUUUGGAAAGAACAAUACAAGAUUGGAAAUAAAAUCUUCUUAUAUCGGCCA